GAUCGCAUUCAGCCGUUUUGUCAAACAAAUUGCCUGAAGCACGUAAAGUUUUAUCAGAAAGAAAUCGUUCAUCAUUUUCUCACAUCCUGUACUUAUUUGGUUCAAAAAGUAACUGUUUCAACGGCGUAAACAAGUCGAAGUCAUUGUGGUGGAUAGAUCUUGGUUUACAAUUGCUCAGUAUUUCGCAUUCGGCGGACGUCGACCACCAGGUUUUGGAGUCUCUUUGUUCGGGUGCUAGUGGAAAGAAGCCAUGGAAGUUCAAAAUAAAUCCACCGAGAUCCGUUGCCAAGAGAUGUCCAAGGGCGGUCUGGCGUACGAGGUUAUCCUGGCCGAGCCGGUGGGCGUGCCAGUCCCUCGCCGCGCCGAUUCGCCAGAGAAGACACCAUCCGUCGAAGAGAUCCAGGAGAAACUGAAGGCCGCUGAGGAAAGGAGACGUAACUUGGAAGCCAGCAAGAUGGCGGCCAUAGCUCAGAAGAUGGCCAAGAUCGAGGAGGCGUCGCGCAUCCGUAGCGAGCAGACGAACAACUUUAUCGCGGCCACCAAGGAGGCGCUCGAUGCCAAGAUGGAAACUCACGAGGAGAAGCGCGAGGCGUUCAUUAACGAACUGCGUGCUCGCCUCAAGGACCAUCUCGAGGGAGUUGAGAAGACCAGACUGACUCUGGAACAGCAGACCGCCGAAGUGUACAAGGCGAUCGAGGACAAGAUGACCACCGCCGCCGACAAGCGCGACGAGAACAUCAAGAAGAUGCUCGAACGCCUGCGCGAACAUGAGGAGCAGGUCCGCAAGGUGCGCGCCGGCAACCAGGAGCGAUUCCAGCAGCUCGAGAGCGCCAUCCAGGAGAAGCUGCAGCAGGCCGCCGACCGCCGUCUGCUCCUUGAGGCCGAGCAGAAGGAGAAACUGCGCAACCACAACAUUAAGCUGGCCGAGGUCCGUUCUGCCGCCACCGCCAAAGUAGAAGAGAUCACCAAGGACAUCGAAACCAAACUCACCACCGCCGAGCAGAACAGGGAAAAGGAGAUCCAGAAAAAAUUGGACUUUGUCAAGAAAGAGGAGCGGCGCGCGGAGCUGGUGCGGCAGAACAAGAGCGCGCGCACGGAGAGCGGCGCGGCGGCGGGAGUGGCGGGCGGCGCCGCGGGCUCGGGCUAGAGCGCGCGCCGCCCCGCGCCGCGCCCGCCGCGCCCGCGCCGCCGCGCCAGGGGAGCCUUCCUGGCCCGGACGCUCAUGGCCACGCCGUGACCGAGCCCGACCACCGUCUGUCGCUUUCCGAUGUAGCAUUCGUUUGUAAGCUCGGCCUCACUCCCGCUUGGUUUCGGGCGGCACGGCUCGGCGCGCCGGGCGACGGGCCGCGUGCAUCGCGCGGGUCACAUCCUGAUUUAUCAUUCUUUCCGUGGGCUUGGAGGAAGUGCGGUCGGCGUGCCGGUCACACGUGAACACGUGAGAGGCUAUCAAAAUUUACGCGUAAAAUUAAAAAAAAAUUACUAGUUUAAUCAGACCUAAAGGAUAGAUAGGCAGUCAUAAAUUACUAUGGCUCAUUAGAAUUAAAGGCUGGUCACCCUGACACAAAUAUUAUCGUCAUGUGUCUCAUAUUAACACUGCCACGUGCCACCUGGGUAGAUCGACUAGCCUGCAUUGUUUUAUCUACGAUAGUAAUUUAUGACUAUAGGUUAAGGUUUUGGCUGGUCCAGUGACAAAGUGUCUGUACCUUGGUGUGAGCCUUGGUGGCGCUUUUAAAGCCGAUGUGGCGUCGGUGUUGUAACAUGUUAAAAAUAUUGUGAUAAAAAUUAAAUAAAAAUAUUCCCCCAAUAUCGCACAGUGCAGCAUCCUCACAAUAUUGAUGUUACACCCUGGACGCGCUUUCUGUUUGACACCAUAAAGCAUUCCUCGUGAGCAUGCUUAAUUAUACAUUCUUAGAAGUUAUUUUCACCCGUAUGUUGGCAACAUUGAUGUACACCGAAACAAUUUUGGCCUAGCAAAAUUUUAAUGUAAUUGUCUUAGACGUGUUUAGGGCCGGCUUUUGGUACUCGAACAAGUGAGAUGGUUGUACCCUCAUUUGUUCGGAUUACUACAAGUGGGUAUGAACCCUGGUCCUGUACUUAUAGCGUAUAUAUUGAAUCGUUUGUAAUUGUUUAUUUUAUUGAAAUGGUUUAAAGUUGAGGAUGAAUUGCAACGCCUAUAUUGUCAGAGUACGGAACCCACGGUGGAAUUACACUUGAAUGUUAGCGCGUUGGCGGUGCGAGGUAGCUUGGUGAGGUUAUUACUAUCUCUAAUCGUUAGUGAUAGAAUUAUAUCAUUAUUUUUAAUAUAUGUCAUACGCAACAGUAUUUUUAGGAUGGGUAUAAUCUAAAUUUAAGUUUGUCUCGCGUUUUUAACUUGCCUUUGCUAUUAAUUAUGUAUUGAAUUAUAUAUUUUUGUAUCGUUUCGUCGGGGAGACUUGCGUCGCGGGUUGUAAGGAGUUUUAGAGUUGGUUGCAUGCCAUCUGUGGUACCGAUGUCCACAUUAUAAUUCCACAAGACGCAGACUGAUACACACAGCGACAAAAUUCGCUCGCGUCAGAGCGAUGCCGCAUCUAGUCUAUAUUAUGUCAAAUCUUAGUGGCAUUCACGUGGUAAUUGAUCUCAAAAAAUGGUUCAAGAAAUAGUCUGAGCGUUAGUUGGUUAGUAAACAGCGGAAGUGCCUCAGUAUUUGGUAAAAUUGGCUCACGUCGAUAUCAAUAAAUGUAACAUAUAAAACUGCCUUUAAUAGCGUUUUAUAUUUUUUUAACGGAGGGUAGAGGGGAGAGCGUGCGCGACGCUGGGAGGUGUGUCGUGGGACGCAACGACGCUUGUGAUGUUUUGCUCUAGUGAUAGUACGUUCGGUAGGCACAAAGACGGACGGCGCGGUGCUCCGUGCCAGUGAAACUACUUCUGUAUUUUAUAGUAUAUUUUUGCCAUUGGUUACUCUGACGUGGACGAUCUUGUACAUAAGUGGGACGGCACGAUGCUUGGCGCGAGUGCGGGCGAGUGCGGGCGCAAGGGGGCGCGGCGCCGCGGCGCGGCGACUCGCUUGCCUGAUGACGCUUCACACUAUGUUACUACCGCUGUAUGAGUAAGGGAACUAGGUGUAAGUAAGCUUGUUUCUCGGUAAAGAUGUGUAAACUUCUGACCAAUUUGCCUUGGGUAUUGUGUAGCCUUUUAGAUUCUCACGAUCGAGACGAAUCAUGUAUAGCGAUGCAACAUUAUAGCUUUCAGAUAAAUAUUGUAUUUUUGUGUUUUGUUCGUAACAUUUUUGCGUAUAAUUAGGACACUCUUAACUCUUAUUAAUAUGUUAUCGUUGAUUUUAUAUUUUAAUAUGUGAUUAAUUAUUAAUGUGCUUCAGUUUGUGAGGUAUAUGAAAAUUGCUGUUUGAAGUGCAGGCAACUUUUGUAGUUUCAUUGUCGUAUUAAAUAAAGUCAUAAAUACUAAUAAA